UAAGCACAGGCCACAACGGUCCAUUCACACUCGAACCUCCUUCUUUUUAAACACACACACGUUCAUUCCAUUUCCACCGCAACACCCUCUUCUUCCUCUUGCAUUCUCAUUCUCUUCUUCUUCUUCUUCCUUCAGAUUCAUUCUCAUUUCCAAUGGAUCCAGUGAAAGUAUGGGGUAACACACCCCUAAUCGAGGUCGACGGCGAGAUCCACGACCUCAUCGAGAAGGAGAAGCGCCGCCAGUGCCGCGGCAUCGAGCUAAUCGCAUCGGAGAAUUUCACCUCCUUCGCCGUCAUCGAAGCUCUCGGCUCCGCCCUCACCAACAAAUACUCCGAGGGCAUGCCCGGUAACCGCUACUACGGCGGCAACGAGUUCAUCGACCAGAUCGAGAAUCUCUGCCGCUCUCGCGCGCUUCAAGCCUUCCAUCUCGACGCUGCAAAAUGGGGCGUUAACGUCCAGCCCUACUCCGGCUCACCGGCCAACUUCGCCGCAUACACCGCCGUGCUCAACCCUCACGACCGCAUCAUGGGGUUGGAUCUCCCCUCCGGUGGACAUCUCACCCAUGGGUACUAUACCUCCGGCGGGAAGAAGAUCUCUGCGACUUCGAUUUACUUUGAGAGUCUUCCGUAUAAGGUGAACUCCACCACCGGGUACAUUGAUUACGAUCGGUUGGAGGAGAAGGCGUUGGAUUUCAGGCCUAAGUUGAUUAUCUGCGGUGGCAGUGCUUACCCUAGGGAUUGGGAUUACAGACGCUUCAGGGAGGUUGCUGACAAGUGUGGCGCGCUUUUGCUCUGUGAUAUGGCGCACAUUAGUGGCCUUGUUGCUGCUCAGGAAGUUAAUGAUCCCUUUGAGUACUGUGACAUAGUCACAACAACCACCCACAAAAGCUUGAGGGGACCUAGGGCUGGUAUGAUCUUCUACCGGAAGGGACCUAAACCAGCCAAGAAGGGCCAGCCCGAGGGUGCAGUUUACGAGUUUGAGGACAAAAUCAACUUUGCAGUCUUCCCCUCCCUUCAGGGUGGUCCUCACAAUCACCAGAUUGGUGCCCUUGCUGUCGCUUUGAAACAGUCCAUGACACCUGGGUUCAAGGCAUAUGCCAAGCAAGUUAAGGCCAAUGCAGUUGCCAUUGGAAAUUACUUGAUGAGCAAAGGAUACAGUCUUGUCACCAGUGGAACUGAGAACCACCUUGUCUUGUGGGAUCUCCGGCCUCUUGGAUUGACCGGCAAUAAGGUGGAGAAACUUUGUGACCUCUGUAGCAUUACAGUGAACAAAAAUGCUGUUUUUGGUGAUAGCAGUGCCUUGGCUCCUGGAGGAGUUCGAGUUGGUGCUCCAGCCAUGACCUCUAGAGGCUUGGUUGAGAAGGACUUUGAGCAGAUUGGAGAGUUCCUCCACCGUGCUGUGACUCUCACACUCGACAUCCAGAAGGAGUAUGGCAAACUUCUGAAGGAUUUUAACAAGGGCUUGGUGAACAACAAGGCUCUUGAAGAUCUCAAGGCUGAUGUUGAGAAGUUCUCUUCCUCAUUUGACAUGCCUGGAUUCCUGAUGUCUGAGAUGAAGUACCAGGAUUAGAUUAAAUCAUAUAACUUUGCACUCGAAGUUCUGAGACAAGGAUGGAGAUAAAGAAAAAGAGUGUCUUCCUUUGUUUGGGUGUGAUAGGUUUAUGGUAUUUCAAUUCAAAAAUUUGAAGUUUUUAAUACCUUUUUUUCCUGUUUCUGUUAGCCUGAUAUGAUAUUCUUGUUAUCCAACAAUUGAAAUAAUACACGUAUUAUUUUUCUUUUCCUCAUAA